AAAAAGCAAAAUAAAUAAAUAAGUAAAAAAUGAGCUGAUUUGCAGAAUGAACUCAGAAAAAAAUUAAGAUCAGAGGAAAUAGUCUGUUCCCCGGAGUGUUUACAUUUUAUUCUGAGGGCACAGUGAGUGGUGUGAAGGGAGGGGAUGAUAACAGUUCUAAGAAAACUGAUUUAAAAAACUGGCACAACUUUUCCACCACUUUGUGUACUGGACCUUGACCAUAGAUAGCACUUAAAGCAUUAAAAAAACAAAAAACACAAGCAAAUGGUUUGCCUACUGUUUUCAAAAUUCCCUGUCCAAAAGGAGUGAGAGACCAAGGCCCACAAACUCCGUGAAGGGUUAGUUCCUUUGGGACCUGAUUGUGCUCUGUUAGAAAGUGAUCUGGCUAAGGGAUGAGGAAAGAAUAAUGCAGGAACAUUCUAGAAAGUAUACUGAUUAGGACACGCUGACUCUAACAAUGUAUUUCAUAGCUUAAAUCUGAUGGGAGGUUGUAUGAUCAUAAGCGUUUAUCUAUUAGUCAGAAAUCCUAGAUAAAGGGAUGGAUGUCUAUAGAUUGCGUUUUUGACGGUGUUCCACUUUAAGCUAUUUUUUUCCGGUGCCAUUUCUUUAGAGCUGGUUGAAACCCGUUUAUGACGUUAUCUGCAAGGCGCUGUGCAGGGGCCUGCGGGAGUUUACAGAGACACCUGGUGGCUGUUAAGGUGAAGUAACCCGGCUUUGUUAGAAAAUAAAAGAUUGGAAUUGUGUCUAAAAUUUGGUUUUUGUGGUAGAGAAUUUCAUUCUUUAUUCCAGUUCUUUUUGUAGCUUGCAGUUAUGUAUUUUAAAAAAUAGUCUUUGAUUCUUUCUAAUUACUUUUGUAGACUCCAGCCUUUCUUUCCUAAAGAAACCAUCAACCGGGUGAACUAACCAGCUCCAUAAGCUGGGUGAAAUCUACCCAAGGCCAGGACCACAGCAAGGCAAACACAAAUUAAGGAGGUGCAAAAACGUCAGUGAUGAAUACAGAUAAUAUUUUAAUGCAAUAAUUUGAAAGUCAAAAGUAAUGCAAAAAAACGCAUUAUAAACAAAAAUAUCAAAAUUGUAAAUACAGGAUUGCUCUUAUUGAUUUCCCUUUUUAUCUCAGGCCCCCGCAGGGCUCCAAAAGGCACUGAAAAGAGCCAAGGCACUUGGUGGUCUAGGCGCAGACUGGAUUCACGCAUGCUCAGUGAAUGCAUGGCCACCAGCCCCACCCCCACCCAUAGUUUCCCGGAUCUUGGGAUGUCUUCCUGUCUCCUCUCAUUCUAGUCCAGCGUAAGGAGCCUAGGUCAAGGGCAAUGGUAGGACAGAAAAUUUAAAAGUUGCCCUGAGGGAAAAAUUUGGAAACGGAUUCUUUCAGUUCUGUUUUCAGGACCGUCCUUCCUCUGCCUUCUUCCCAAAUCUGCUUCUCAGAAACGGCUCGAAUCAUCGGAUGAGACCUGGAUACCGAGGGCAGGAGGGAAUGGAAAACAAUGUGGUUCUGGCCAACGACUGAUCUUAAUUUGGUUGUCCAAGACAGUCUCCCCGGGGCAAGAGGAGGGGCAGGCGAUGGCAGUUGGAAACGGACGUUCUUCUGGCCGUAGACACAGCAGAUGGAAAAUAUGCUCAGAAGUUGUUUAACGACCUUUUUGAAGAUUAUUCCAAUGCUCUUCGUCCAGUAGAGGAUACAGAUAAAGUCCUGAAUGUCACGCUCCAGAUUACACUUUCUCAGAUUAAGGAUAUGGAUGAAAGAAACCAAAUUCUGACUGCCUAUUUAUGGAUCCGCCAAAUCUGGCAUGACGCAUAUCUCACGUGGGAUAGAGACAUGUAUGAUGGACUGGACUCCAUCAGGAUCCCCAGCGACCUGGUGUGGAGGCCGGAUAUUGUCCUGUAUAACAAGGCUGAUGAUGACUCUUCUGAGCCUGUGAACACCAAUGUGGUCCUGCGGUAUGAUGGGCUGAUCACCUGGGACGCACCAGCCAUCACCAAAAGCUCCUGUGUGGUGGAUGUCACCUACUUCCCCUUUGAUCAUCAGCAGUGCAACCUGACCUUUGGUUCCUGGACCUACAAUGGCAAUCAGGUGGACAUAUUCAAUGCCCUGGACAGCGGAGACCUCUCGGACUUCAUCGAGGAUGUGGAGUGGGAGGUCCACGGGAUGCCUGCUGUGAAGAACGUGAUCUCCUACUGCUGCUGCUCUGAGCCUUACCCGGACGUGACAUUCACUCUCCUUCUGAAGAGGAGGUCCUCUUUCUAUAUCGUCAAUCUUCUCAUUCCAUGCGUGCUCAUAUCUUUUCUGGCUCCCUUGAGUUUUUAUCUCCCAGCAGCUUCUGGAGAAAAGGUCUCCCUGGGAGUGACCAUCCUUUUGGCCAUGACUGUAUUUCAGCUCAUGGUGGCAGAGAUCAUGCCGGCCUCAGAAAAUGUCCCUCUGAUAGGCAAAUACUACAUAGCCACAAUGGCCUUGAUCACCGCCUCCACCGCCUUGACCAUCAUGGUGAUGAAUAUCCACUUCUGCGGGGCCGAGGCCCGGCCAGUGCCACACUGGGCAAGGGUGGUCAUCCUGAAAUACAUGUCCAGGCUCUUGUUUGUCUACGACGUGGGUGAGAGCUGCCUUGGCCCUCGCCACGACAGGGAGCGGGGCCGCCUCUCCAAGGUUUAUGGCCAGCUUCCAGAGCCUGAUCUGAAAACUGCCAGAAACAAAGACCUUCCCAGAAAGAAGGAAAGGAACAAACUUGUAAAGAACGACUUGAGGUACCCGGGUGAGACUCUGCAGGAUGCUGACAGCUACUGUGCACGGUAUACAGUGUUGACGAGGAAUAUCGAAUACAUUGCCAAGUGCCUCAAAGACCACAAGGCCACCCAUUCCAAGGGGAGUGAGUGGAAAAAGGUCGCAAAAGUCAUAGACCGAUUCUUCAUGUGGGUUUUUUUCAUUAUGGUGUUUGUGAUGACUAUUUUGAUCAUAGCAAGAGCAGAUUAAGUAGCAUUUGGUGUGUGGGGAUAAAUCAAUAAAAUUCCCUGUGAUCUGUUC